AUGAUAUGUGCGGUUAUCGAAGUUUGGGGUAAUUUUAUAUUUGUGAUAGAUAAUUUACAUACAACGUUGCCCCAGCUGAUGAUAUCAAUAAAAUACAUUAUCAUUCGACGGAAACAAACAGUUCUCUUGUCAAUUGUAAGUAUGAUGGCGGAAGAUUGGAUGACAUUCAAGCUGGAAGGAGAAAGAGAUGUGAUGAUAAAACGAGCACAAACAGCGCGAUUACUUAUGAUGAUUGGAUAUAUUCUCGUGGUAAUGUCGGUUCUCACACUCAUCAUUCUACCUUGUUAUGGCAUUCAAGUUAUGUAUGUAGCGAAUAUCACGGAUGUACGCAAACUGUUACCGUUGAAGACGUAUCAUUUCUACAAUACAGAUGAAAGUCCGCAAUUUGAAUUGACAUUUUUCAUCCAUACUUUGACGGCCUUAUUAGGAGGUACCAUUUAUAUUUGCCGAUAA